UGGCAACACGGCUUUCCAGCCCCCCUGACAGACUCCCCCUCACCCCCUCUGGUAGCCAGAGCGCUCCUCCUUCAUCGUCAGCAUGGCGGGGGCAUCAGUGAAGGUGGCGGUGAGGGUCAGACCUUUCAACUCCAGAGAGAUCGGGAAAGACAGCAAAUGCAUCAUUCAGAUGUCAGGAAACACCACAACAAUCCUGAACCCGAAACAACCAAAAGAGAACAAGAGCUUCAACUUUGACUUCUCCUACUGGUCACACACAACGCCCGAGGACAUCAACUAUGCAUCCCAGAUGCAGGUGUACAAGGACAUCGGGGAGGAGAUGCUGCUUCAUGCCUUUGAAGGCUACAAUGUGUGUAUUUUUGCUUAUGGCCAGACCGGAGCUGGGAAAAGCUACACCAUGAUGGGACGACAAGAAAAGGACCAGCAAGGAAUUAUACCUCUGCUGUGUGAGGACCUUUUCACCAAGAUCAACGACAGCAACAAUGACAACAGCAUGUCUUACUCUGUGGAGGUGAGUUACAUGGAAAUCUACUGUGAGCGUGUGCGUGACCUGCUGAACCCCAAGAACAAAGGAAACCUUCGUGUCAGAGAGCAUCCUCUGAUGGGCCCCUAUGUAGAGGACCUGUCCAAACUGGCUGUCACCUCCUACAACGACAUUCAGGACCUGAUGGACUCUGGAAACAAGGCUAGGACGGUGGCAGCGACAAACAUGAACGAGACCAGCAGCCGCUCCCACGCUGUCUUCAACAUAAUUUUCACCCAAAAGAAAUAUGACACGGAGACGGACAACACCUCUGAGAAGGUCAGCAAAAUCAGUCUUGUGGACUUGGCUGGCAGUGAGAGGGCCGACUCAACAGGAGCUAAAGGAACCAGACUGAAGGAGGGUGCAAAUAUCAACAAAUCUUUGACCACACUUGGGAAAGUAAUUUCAGCUUUAGCCGAAGUGGACUCUGCACCAAAUAAGAAUAAGAAAAAGAAGAAGGUGGAGAGUUUCAUUCCAUACAGAGACUCAGUUCUAACAUGGCUGCUGAGGGAAAACUUGGGUGGCAACUCUCGUACAGCCAUGGUGGCGGCCCUCAGCCCUGCAGACAUUAACUAUGACGAGACCCUCAGUACUCUCAGGUAUGCCGACCGUGCCAAGCAGAUCCGCUGUAAUGCCGUUAUCAACGAGGACCCCAACAACCGUCUGGUUCGUGAGUUGAAGGAGGAAGUGUCUCGCCUCAAAGAACUCUUGUAUGCACAAGGACUAGGAGACAUCAUAGAGAACCUGUGCGAUUACAAGAACUUUGUGAAUAAUCGCCAGGCUGUCAAUCAAAGGGGUGAUGUCUCCACAGUGACCAAUGCCAUGACGGGAAUGAGCCCCUCCCCCUCCCUCUCAGCCUUGUCCAGUCGGGCUGGGUCCAUCACCAACCUCCACGACCGUAUAUUUAGUCCUGCCAGUGAAGAGGCCAUUGAGAGGCUUAAGGAAACUGAGAAAAUCAUCGCCGAGCUCAACGAGACUUGGGAAGAGAAGCUGCGACGUACUGAGGCCAUUCGUAUGGAGAGAGAGGCCUUGCUGGCUGAGAUGGGAGUGGCCAUGAGAGAGGACGGAGGUACUGUGGGCGUCUUCUCCCCCAAAAAGACACCUCAUCUGGUGAACCUAAAUGAGGAUCCACUGAUGUCUGAGUGCCUCCUGUAUUACAUCAAAGAUGGCAUCACGAAGGUCGGCCGGGAAGAUGCCAAAACACGGCAAGACAUUGUUCUUAGUGGUCAUUUCAUUAAAGAGGAGCACUGUACCUUCAGCAGCACCACAGGCCCCCAGGGAGAAGGAAGUGUUGUUCUGGAGCCAUGUGAAGAAGCAGAGACGUACGUCAAUGGGAAGAGAGUGACGUCACCCAUUGUCCUGCGGUCCGGGAACCGCAUCAUCAUGGGCAAGAGCCACGUGUUUCGCUUCAAUGACCCGGAGCAGGCCCGCCUGGAGCGGGAACGAACACCAUGCGCGGAGACACCCGCGGAGCCCGUCGACUGGGCCUUUGCCCAGAGAGAACUGUUGGAGAAACAGGGCAUCGACAUGAAGCAGGAGAUGGAGCAGAGGCUGCAGGAGUUGGAGGAUCAGUACCGCAAAGAGAGAGAGGAAGCCAGUAACCUCCUGGAACAGCAGCGACUGGACUAUGAGAGUAAACUAGAAGCCCUUCAGAGGCAGGUGGAUUCUCAAUACCUGGAGUCCCCUGAGGAAGAGGAGGAGCCGGAAGAGGAAGUGCCUUGGACCAAGCGUGAGACUGAGUUGGCUUUGUGGGCAUUUCGUAAGUGGCGUUUCUACCAGUUCACCUCGCUUAGAGAUCUGCUUUGGGGCAAUGCCAUCUUCCUCAAGGAGGCCAAUGCCAUCAGUGUCGAGCUCAAGAAGAAGGUCCAGUUCCAGUUUGUCUUGUUGACAGACACACUUUACUCCCCCUUGCCACCUGACCUGCUGCCCCCAAGCAUGGCCAAAGAGAGGGAGAGAAGACCUUUCCCCAGGACCAUCGUGGCCGUAGAAGUCCAGGACCAAAAGAAUGGAGCUACACAUUAUUGGACUCUGGAGAAACUCAGGCAGAGACUAGACCUAAUGAGGGAGAUGUAUGACCGCGCUGCAGAGGUGCCCAGCAGCACUAUGGAGGACUGUGACCACGCCCUCACCGGCGGAGAUCCCUUCUAUGACCGCUUCCCAUGGUUUAGACUCGUUGGCAGGGCAUUUGUAUAUUUGAGUAACCUGCUGUAUCCAGUGCCCUUGGUACACCGCGUGGCCAUCGUCAGUGAGAAGGGAGAGGUGAAGGGCUUCCUCAGGGUGGCUGUGCAGGCCAUCUCAGCUGACGAGGAAGCCCCUGACUACGGCUCUGGUGUACGGCAGUCAGGCACUGCAAAGAUUUCCUUUGAAGACCAGCAGUUUGAGAAGUUUCAAACUGAGUCAUGUCCCAGUGGUCUGCCCCACUCCAACACCUCCGAGGAGGAGCUGAGAAUAGUUGAAGGAGAAGGACAAAAUUCAGAGAUAUCAAUUUCUGCUGAUGAAGUCAACAACAACACCUGUGCAGCACCCCACAACCCUAUGAAGGGGCUCGGCCUGGGUCUUGACCUUCCUGUGGAUCUGUCCCAAGAGAAAGCUCUGUCCCACCUGAAGAUUGGCAGCACGUUCACCUUCAGAGUCACUGUGCUACAGGCCUCCAGCAUCUCAGCAGAGUACGCCGACAUCUUUUGCCAGUUCAACUUCAUCCAUCGCCAUGAUGAAGCAUUUUCCACUGAGCCACUGAAGAACACAGGGAGGGGACCACCUCUGGGCUUCUACCAUGUACAAAAUAUCAAGGUGGAGGUUACAAAGUCAUUUGUGGAGUACAUCAAGACUCAGCCCAUUGUCUUUGAGGUGUUCGGCCAUUACCAGAAACAGCCUUUCCCUCCUCUCUGCAAAGACCUGAUCAGUUUGAUGAGACCCUCCCGGAGGCAGUUUCCCAGGGUAAUGCCCUUAUCCAAACCAGUGCCAGCCACCAAGCUGAACACCCUGACUCGCUCCACUGCAGGACCUUGUCAAGCCAAGUAUGACCUGAUGGUUUUCUUUGAAAUCUGUGAACUGGAGGCCAAUGGAGACUAUAUACCAGCUGUUGUGGACCACAGAGGUGGUAUGCCCUGUCAUGGAACAUUCCUCUUGCAUCAGGGCAUUCAGCGGAGGAUCACUGUAACCAUAGCACACGAAACAGGAAAUGAUAUCGAAUGGAAGGAAGUGAAAGAGUUGGUGGUUGGUCGCAUCAGAAACUCCCCAGAGGCAGAUGAGACCAUCAUAGACCCAAAUAUUCUCUCCCUCAAUAUCUUGUCUUCAGGAUACUUCUGGCCAAAACAUGAGGACAAUGUGUCCUUGGGAAUUGACCAUAGGACUUUCUACCGGUUUGAGGCAGCAUGGGAUAGCUCCAUGCACAAUUCCCUCCUUCUGAACAGAGUUACUCCCUAUGGAGAGAGGAUCUACAUCACCCUCUCUGCUUACCUUGAGAUGGAGAACUGCACCCAGCCAACGGUGAUCACCAAAGACUUCUGCAUGGUGUUUUACUCCCGUGAUGCUAAGCUACCAGCCUCCCGCUCCAUCAGGAACCUUUUCAGCACUGGCUGUUUCAGGCCCUCGGAGAGUAAUCGUGUCACUGGAGUCUAUGAGGUCAGCCUCUGCCAUGUGGCAGACAACGGAAGUCCAGGCAUGCAGCGUCGUCGCAGGCGUGUGCUGGACACCUCCGUGGCCUAUGUCCGAGGAGAGGAGAACUUGGCUGGCUGGAGGCCCCGCAGUGACAGCCUCAUCCUUGACCACCAGUGGGAGCUGGAGAAACUCAGCCUGUUGCAGGAGGUGGAGAAGACCAGGCACUACCUGCUGCUGAGGGAGAAGCUGGAAGCAACCCUGCAGGCAGGACAGGAUGCACUUUACAAGAGUAACGACAUCAGCGACUUUGCCAAGAGUCCCAUCCUGAGCCACAGCCCUGCCAGCAGCUCUGCCCUUGACAGCCCCAACCAGAGGCAGAGGGAGCUGGCCGCCAAGUGUCUGCGUCUGCUGAUGCACACCUUCAACAGGGACUACAGCCAGGUGAGCAGCAGUGCCAGUGAGAGCAAGCUGUCUGAGAUGUCUGCAUCGCUAAGGAGAGACUCAUCCUCCUCUGGACUAAACACACUCACUCCAUCCUCCACCUGCCCCUCAUUGGUAGAGGGACACUAUGACUUCAGACCCAAUGAGCCAAGUUCAGGGGCAUCCACCCCUGACCUUGACCCCUUCAGCCCAGUGGACCGGAAGAAAACCCUCAGAAGUUGCACCUUCGUUCCAGACAUACAGGAGAUUCGUGUCAGCCCCAUUGUUUCAAAAAAGGGCUACCUGCACUUCCUGGAGCCCCACACCAGCGGUUGGAUCAAGCGCUACGUGGUGGUGCGCCGGCCCUAUGUCUACCUGUACCGCAGUGAGAGGGACAGUGUCGAGAGAGCCGUCAUCAACCUGUCAUCUGCCCAGGUGGAAUACAGUGAGGAUAAGCAGACCUUACUCCGGACUCCCAACACAUUUGCGGUCUGCACCGAGCAUCGUGGGAUACUUCUCCAGGCUAACAACGACAAAGAGAUGCAUGAUUGGCUGUAUGCUUUUAACCCGCUGUUAGCUGGCACCAUCAGGUCAAAGCUCUCCAGGAGAAAGUCGGCCCAGUCGAUCCAGAGGAUGUGAGAGGUGAACCCACCUGUUGGGAGCCAUCAGACGAACAAACCUACACAAUCUGAAAGCUCUACUGACACUCUUACUCUCAUGUACAUAGACCAUGUAAACAAACUUUUGCAUAGACCAUUUAAACAACCUUCUGUUUGAUGACCCCUCCACAAAAGACAAAAUAAUUGUAAACCAUCCUCUACCUUUUUGCUGUCUUUCUCAG